UUUUUCCCCCCUGAUUGAUUGAUUGGUUAAUUGAUUGAUUCUUGAGAAAGCAGAGGGCGGAAAAAGACCCGCAAGGUAAUCUCCGACGCUGGCCUCUCUGCCUGCCCUUCUUCGCCCUCACCUCGCUCCACCAUCCUUCAAUGGCGUUUUUUCUCCCUGCCCUCGUUGCUAAAUUUAGCAUCCCCAGUUCUACCCUCCCUCCACCAUCCAAUCCACUCGACUGUCAAGCGCGGGACACGGAGACACCAAGCCCGGUCGAAAAAGCUUCCUGCCACUCUGCUUCCUUACAACCUUCCCAACCCUGGGCGCCUGUCCUCGAAUUUCUUGUCUCGUCCCAGUCGUCUGGCCUGAACAACCUCUUCACUAUUGUGACCAAUUAAUUUCCUAUCGCUUAUGUGAGAGGGGAGCAGUCUGCAUUGUGAAGAUCGCUG